AUGGAGCGCUCACACACUGAUACUUUGCCUCUGGCAAACUCCGUCGAGAUCCCUCAAUUGGGCUUCGGUGUCUAUCUCUCUCCACCAGAAGUCUGUGUGAAAUCAUGCCUCACAGCCCUGGAAGCUGGUUAUCGCCAUAUUGAUACAGCCCAGUACUACGGCAACGAGGCUGAAGUCGGAAAGGCAGUUCAACAAUCCAACCUCGAAAGGAAACAUGUCUUUCUCACGACAAAGAUACUCCAGGCUGCCGGAUCUGUUGAUCUGAGUUAUGCGAAAUGCGUUGAGAGCAUCAGGAAGCUCGACCCCGAGAGCGGCUACGUUGAUCUGUUCCUCAUCCACAGCCCGAACCCUGGCGCUGCUAAGAGGAAGGAGAUGUGGCAGGCCCUUGAGAGGUUGUACGAGGAAGGCAAGGCCAAGAGUAUUGGUGUCAGCAACUUUGGCAUCAAGCAUAUCGAUGAGCUGAAGCAAUUCGCCAAAGUGUGGCCUCCCCAUGUCAACCAGAUUGAGCUUCAUCCCUGGCUCCAGCAGAGAGACGCAGUCUCAUACUGCGAAAAGAACAACAUCGCAGUAGAAGCCUACGCGCCUCUGGUCCGCAACCAAAAAGCCAACGACAAGACUCUCGGCAGUAUCGCUUCCAAGCACAGCGUCACGCCAAGCAAGGUCCUCAUCCGCUACUGCUUACAAAAGAACUGGAUCCCUCUGCCCAAGAGCGACACACCGGAGCGCAUCAGGGAUAAUGCGGACGUCUUUGGAUUCGAGCUGGAUGACAAGGAUAUGAAGUCGCUGGAUGAUCUAGACCAAGGUGAUGCGGGUGCUAUUGUCCAGGCUGUGGAUAACUACUAG